AUGUCUCUCGUCAACCUUGCCUCCGUGUGCUCUCACCUGAACAAUGCCACCAAGGCACGUCUCAGUCUCACGUCGAUCCCGAACAGCAAUCUUCACCUGAAGCUGUGCCAGGCCCUUCAAAACUCCGGAUACAUAUCCUCCGUGGUUCGCGGCGGUCCGACACCACCCCCAAUCCACCCCAUUCUCGGCCAUCCAACUGCGAAUGACGAGAUCGAAGGAGUCGAGCCUAUCACUCGCGACAAUGUUGCCUCCCGUCGUCUCUGGUUGGGCCUGAAAUAUUGGCAGAAUGAGUCGGUCUUGGGCAAGGUGCAGAUGGUCAGCAAGCCCACACGCCGAAUCAACCUGAACGUUGAAGAACUGCGCCGUGUUGUUCGUGGACAUGAAGCCAACCAUGUGGAGGGACUACGUUCGCCCGGUGAGAGUCUCUAUCUCUCCACGGACCGAGGCGUUUUGGAGGCCCGUGAAUGUGUCGAAAAGAAGAUCGGAGGCUUGGUUCUCUGCAGAGUGCUUUAA